AUGUCAAGGACGGAGAAGUCCGUGAUCUUCAAUUCAAAAGGCUCCUAUGAGAAGUCGGAUGGGGUGUCGUGUGGAAGCCCCCUCCUGGAGGGUGUGGCGCACAGAGCUGCUGUGCUUGGUCAGCCCCAGCAAGGUGGGAACCCAGGAGAAGGUCGGGAGAAGGCCCGCGGGGACCCCUGCCAGCCGCUCACCGGCAUGGCGUGCCAGGCUGUGCGGCAUGACUUGACUGGCUCCCCUGGCCACGCCGGCUCCACCUCCAUGAGCCCGUCAGCAGCCCUGUCCACAGGGAAGCCCAUGGACAGCCACCCCAGCUUCACGGACACCCCUGUGAGUGCCCCACGGACGCUGAGUGCGACGGGGACCCCCCUCACUGCUCUGGGCUCCCCGUACCGCGUCAUCACGACUGCCAUGGGCCCACCCUCGGGGGCGCUGGCGGCCCCUCCAGGAGUCAGGCUGGUGGCCCCACCCAGCUCUCAGCUCAAUGUGGUCAACAGCGUCAGCAGUUCGGAGGACAUCAAGCCCUUACCGGGGCUUCCUGGGCUGGGAAACAUGAGCUACCCGUCGGCCAGCCCCGGAUCUCUGGUUAAACACAUCUGUGCCAUCUGUGGGGACAGAUCCUCAGGAAAGCACUACGGGGUGUACAGCUGUGAGGGCUGCAAGGGCUUCUUCAAGAGGACCAUCAGGAAGGACCUGGUCUACACCUGCCGUGACAACAAGGACUGCCUCAUCGACAAGCGCCAGCGCAACCGCUGCCAGUACUGCCGCUACCACAAGUGCCUGGUCAUGGGCAUGAAGCGGGAGGCUGUGCAGGAAGAGCGGCAACGGAGCCGCGAGAGGGCCGAGGGCGAGGCCGACUGUGCGGGUGGCGGCCACGAGGACAUGCCGGUGGAGAGGAUCCUGGAGGCCGAGCUCGCGGUGGAGCCCAAGACGGAGUCCUACGGGGACCUGAGCAUGGAGAGCUCGACCAACGACCCCGUCACCAACAUCUGCCACGCAGCCGACAAGCAGCUCUUCACGCUGGUCGAGUGGGCCAAGCGCGUGCCCCACUUCUCGGACCUCACCUUGGAGGACCAGGUCAUUCUGCUCCGGGCAGGGUGGAACGAGCUGCUGAUCGCCUCCUUCUCCCACCGCUCGGUCUCCGUGCAGGACGGCAUCCUGCUGGCCACAGGUCUCCAUGUCCACCGGAGCAGCGCCCACAGUGCUGGUGUCGGCUCCAUCUUUGACAGAGUUCUGACUGAGCUGGUUUCCAAGAUGAAGGACAUGCAGAUGGACAAGUCGGAGCUGGGGUGCCUGCGAGCCAUUGUGCUCUUCAACCCAGAUGCCAAAGGUCUGUCCAACCCCUCGGAGGUAGAGACCCUGCGGGAGAAGGUCUAUGCCACCCUGGAGGCCUACACCAAGCAGAAGUAUCCGGAACAGCCAGGCAGGUUCGCAAAGCUGCUGCUGCGCCUGCCGGCACUGCGCUCCAUUGGCUUGAAGUGCCUGGAGCACCUCUUCUUCUUCAAGCUCAUCGGGGACACCCCCAUCGACACCUUCCUCAUGGAGAUGCUGGAGACCCCGCUGCAGAUCACCUGA